AUAAAUAUAAAUAUAAAUAUAAAUAUAAAUAGUAUGGCUACUUACGUGAAUACUAAACAACAACGUUUAAUUGAUGAGUUCACAUCUCAUCAUGUUAAGUUUCAUGAUAAAAUUACUCAGGAAUAUCUGAAACUUAGACAACAAAUAUUUCAAUUAACUAGUAAUAUAGUAAAAGAAUUAAAGGAGACUCAAAUUAUAAGUAAUACUAAUAUAAUUAAAUAUCAUGAAGUUAAAUUUGAAUUGGAUAGAACUCUUGAAGCAUAUAAAAGUCAUAUAAAUGAUUUAAAUCAAAUCUUAUCUAUAAAUUUACAUGUUAAAAGUCCAUAUCAAGAAGAAAUAGAUCAAGAGAAUCAACAAUUAAUUGAACGUAAACUUAUUUUACAAAAGGAAAUUAAAGAUAUUCAACAGGUUCAGGAACCUCGAUUGAAUAAGAUGAAAUUAUUAGUUAAGAGUUUUGAUUUAAAUUCUAAAUCUUCAACUUCUAAAGCAUUUAUACCAUUAAGAAAAGAUAUUGAAGAAACAGAAAGUACAGCAAUAGAUCCAAAUAGUUUAAAAUUUACUAGACAAGAUAUUCAAGGUAUAUUUAAAGAUGUAUUUGCAGAAUUUACUAUAUUAAAAGAUGAAAAUCCUCAAUUUGAAGAUUUUGAUUUGAAUUAUCAUAUUGAUGAACAAUUAAAGAAUAGUAGAAUAUUUCGUAAAUCUGAUAAUAAAGAUGAUCCUGAAAAUCCUUACCAUUAUUAUAAUUUACAUAGAUCUUCAUUACAACAAUUGGAUAUUAAUACUACCAUUGAAGAAUAUGAUAAAUUAAUUAAAAGUACAGUCAAUAGUAUUGAACAGCUCGUUAAACAAGGAGUCGAAACCAAAGAUAAUUGGUAUAAGAAUGCUCAAAAACUUGAAAUUGUUAGAGAAACAUUACAAGCACUUGAAGAUGAAGAUAUUCAUAUGGAAGAAUAAAACUAAACCGUAAGUAUAAAUAUAUAUAUUAUUAAUAUACAUAAGAAGUAAACGAU